AUGGAUGUACCCGUGGUGUUGUUUUUUGCGCUGGGCGGUGCACUGUGCUGGUAUGCAGCGUAUGCAAUGCGGCCAGUCGUGUGGGAUGUCACGCAUUAUAUUGCGCAUUUCAUUGCAGGCUUGUUUCGGUGCAUUGUGUGCAUAAACCCAAUGGUUGACGAAAAUGCGACGGCCACGACAGGCGUGUUCACCGCGCUUUUGCGCUCGGUCGUGGACGAGGCGCUGCGCCUAAUGGGGCUGGAACUGUGCGUGAUUGUAGUGAUCGCAUUGGCAUGGAAGGAGCAGCACGAGCGUCUGAUUGAUCCUCCUGCACGCCUGUUGGAGGCUUGCUGGGUCGCGAUUGACGAUCCGCGGUUUCCUAUUGCACUAUGGCUUGGCGCUGGCUGGGGCAUGGCAGAAGUUGUGGCUGGGACCUGCCAGCUGGGCAAGUUUCUGCCCAUGUUUCGUAUCCUGGAGAGUCCGUCGCCGCGGCUCGGCGAGGGCGAUCUACUGGGCGAUUACGUGUACCAGGAAGACGAAGACGAGGAAGAGCACUUGUCGACCAACAACCAAGGUUCUGGAGACGAAGAGGAACUCGAUUUAGACGAGUUAAUUUUAAUUCGCGAAAAGACGGAGCUGGAAGAGCAGCUUGGCGAGCUUCUCGAAAACGUCUCGCCAGUGACAAUUGCACUGUGGCGCAUCGAUAGCGUGCUAUGGAACGUUGGCAGCACACUUGUUCUCGCUUCCUCUAUGACAUAUGCACAAGGAUGCUCGUCAGAUACAUCACCAAUCGGCCAGGCCAAGCCCUACGCAUUUCUUCCUUUUCCCUCGCUGCGAUCCAUGCAGGCCACAUUGUUGGCACUGGUUGCCAUACAUACCGUCGCUGCGACGAUUUGGAUGCUUGCGUUGCCGCAUCUCAGACUACUCAGUGUCACUUACACGUCCAUGCUUAUAGGACUGGCCCUCUUGUCCGCAGGCCUCGGCCUGUGGGGCGCAUUGCUGUAG